AUCGGAACCCGACUUCCUAUCCCUUUCCUGGUGAUCUGGGCAAGGCAAAGUGGGGUUUAAUCCUGAAAGUAGAUUCAUAAACCGUUGUUUCAUACAAUGUCCAUUAAUAACAUGGCAGAUCCUCGGCGACAGAAUAAGAUUUUCCGCUACAAGCCCCCCAGUACAGAGGCGAACCCAACCAUGGAGGACCCAACACCUGACUAUAUGAACCUGCUUGGCAUGAUCUUUAGUAUGUGUGGCCUGAUGCUCAAGUUGAAGUGGUGUGCAUGGAUUGCAGUGUACUGCUCCUUCAUCAGUUUUGCCAACUCGCGCAGCUCAGAGGACACUAAGCAGAUGAUGAGCAGUUUCAUGUUGUCUAUCUCAGCCGUGGUGAUGUCAUACCUGCAGAACCCACAGCCCAUGUCUCCGCCCUGGUAGUUCUGGGUCCGUUUGAAUGCCUGCCUGGGCUGCCUCAGCAGUGAGAACAACAGCAUAUAAACAGAGAGAGAGAGAGAGAGAGA